CCGUACGUAACAACCACACACUUAGUACGAUACACAUACUCUGAAUGGAACAUUUAAAGUCAAAGUCCGGACGCAAAAAUUAAAUAUGGCGGUGCUGACUGUGGAGAUCGGGCAUGUGAUUUUGAUGGGACUUGGAAACUCAAGAUACAAAGAUUUUAAUAAUGUUAGGAAAGAAACUUUCAAGUCAAAGAUAAAAGUAUUUUGUGUAAUGUGAGGGUGAGCUAGAGGAACGUGUAGUGUAGCUACUUUUGUGAAAAAUUAACAUCCUUCGAGUUUUUAUCAGCACUUGAUGCUUAAAAUAACUUUUAUUUGCCUAGCUAGCUAUAUAUAAAAGCUUAUGGUACAGUUUCGCCUCAUUUCUAGAGAAAAGUUUUUGAACUGCCCUGUUGUGGCUUAUUUUGAAGAUUAAACAUUGCCUGAUACAGACAAUUCAAAAUAAAGUUAGCUAGAUAGCUAGGAUCUUAAAGGCGCGUAAUCACCCUGUAGGCAACUUUUUUUGAGGUACCUAUUUUAUAGUAAAAAUUGAAAGAUAUACAUGAGAAAACAUCCUGAAAAUUUUAUUGAAAACUGACAACCAGAACAUGUUCAAAUGUUUCAUAAACAGUCAGGGAUAACCACAAAUUAGGCUAUAAUAGUCUAAUUAGUUUACGAUAGCCUAUUUAGGCGAUUUAUCUCUCCUAAUUAGGCUAUAAACAUGGUUUUUGCUGCCUAUCGCUGUUCUGUUGCAUAAUCGCAAUGAUUUUAUUAGCUAAAAACAUUCUAUAGAACCCCCUUUUGAUGGUCCAAAUAUAGUAUAAAAUAUAUAUAUAUAUAUAUAUAAAAUAGUUUGUUUUGAUUAAGAACGCAUGUACUGUGAUACGGCUUCUUCUCUGUUUUACGGCCAAGGUUGCUUCUGAAAAAAGGCUAAAUCUCCCACGUGCAUAUUUUCAACAUGGUGGCGCAUAGCCUAAAUAGACUAUUUCUAGACUAAUUAGCCGAUCCGAAGACUUUUGACGUAUAAUUUUUAGUCCCGUGAAGCAAACUAUAAAAAAUUUUGCUCGAACGAACAUAAUGUAAUGAGCAACAAAGCUCCGAAAGAAGAUGGCGCGACUAGACGUUGUUUUCGAGAUAAUCAUAAAAGAAGAUAGCAAAUCGCCUAAAUAGGAGAUACUUGCCUAAAUAGUCUAUGAAAAAUCUCCUAACUAAGCUACCAGCCUAAUUUGCGGUUAUCCCUGACUGAUAAAAAUAGCAAACUCAUCUCAAUUUCUCUUAGCCUACAGAACCGCCAUUACAUUUCAUCAUGCGAUAAUAAACGCACGGCAAAAUCGAUCACAUGGUUGCUGGAUUAAUUCCAUUACAGAAAAAAUAAUGAAUGAGGGAGAGUAUCCGUAGCUGUGUUUCCAUCGUAAUGCUUAUGCUUUAUAAAUGUAUCCACAAAGUUACGAACAUGAUAAAUCAGAUAAAUCAGUUGAAGUUUCUGUGUUAUUCUUUAUUAUUUAAACGUUUUAACUUUUUUCUUCUUAAAUUUUAACGUUUUAACUGAAACCAGACUUCUUUGCAACACUGACCACUUCUUGUUGUUGUUUCUGAAGACAGCUUUGCCUCGCUAGCUGUCUUACUUUCUGAUUAUUUUCCUUUGUUCAAACAGUUAGUUGUUUCCUUACGGAGACAUUAUCAGAUCUAGACAAAAUAUCUAAAUUUUCAGAAUUUCCCCUUUCAUGCUCUAAAUUUAAUUAUCUCCAUAGUGCUGCAACUAUCUUCAACUAUCACAAUGACCAUUCUCCCCCAUUGGGUAAUUUGGCUUAUAAUAUGCAGUAAUCCCUGUUAGGCUAAUGAAAAAAGAAAGAGCGUGAUAAGCAUUAGUUAUCAUAAUUAAUAAUAACGAGGCAAUGCUGUGAUAUCUUCUUUCUGUUUUGUGGCACACAAGGCCUCAACCCCCAGUGCUAGAGUAACCUAUUAUUUGUUACCAGGCUACUCAGUUAUAAUGCGCGACUGAAGGAUGUUAAUAAUGAUAGCAAUAUGAACAGAGAAACGAUGUUCACUGUUGUACAGUUUAAUGAUUAUAGUUUAUAGUUUUUAAAGAAAAAAGGAAAUCAUUUUCAAAAAUUGACCAACUGAGUCACAUUUUCAACCCGAGCGGACACUAACCGUGUGUAACCCCUAAUCGUGUGAUUUACAAUACGUUUACAAUGAAAAAUUUUUAGUAAAUAUAUUCGCAAUAUAUUUUUAGUAAAUAUAUUUGUAAAGUACAAACUUAACAGGUAAAUUUGGUAAAUAUGGUAGAUCAGACACUUAUUAAUAAGGCUAAGGAUAUGUUGUUAUAGCAAUCCCAUGUUGCCAGUAAACAGAGAAAGUUAGCAAGAAAAGUGAAGUCACAUUAGAGAUGUGAAUUUAAUUUUUCCUGCAAUUUCGGUAUAUAAAUAUAUACACCCAGUGUUUGCAGGAUAGAUAGAUAGAUAGACAGACAGACAGAUAGAUAGGGAGACAGACAGGGAGACAGACAGACAGAUAGAUGUGCAUAUUUUAUAUGGCUAGCCUCACAAAUAUCGAGGGAUAUACCCUGUCUAUUAUUUCCAGGAGGGGCCAUGGCUUAGAUGGAGAGUCCUAGAGUAUUUAAUGCUCUUUUUGAGCUACGCAGACCCAAUUAGGGCCCGCGCUUUACUAGACAACUCCUGGCAACAUCCAACGGCCCACACCAUGUGCCAUCUCCCCAAUUUCCCUCACAUGGCUUGGGUUAACCCGGGGCUAUGGUAACAUUCACUCGCCCAUGUUGAAUCGCCGUCAAGAGGAAUUGAACCCUGGUCUCCAGCACAGAGUACGAGGGCAAUAACCACUAAUCUACGGCGCCACAAAGGAUAUAUAAAGACUUAAAAAAGUGGGAAUCAAACUACUGAUUUGCUUUGUAAAGGAAAUAUACAAGACCAUUGUGUACUGUUAAGUGACAAUAUAAAUCUUCUGAGAUAUAUAGAAUUUAUUUUGUUAGUACUAAAAAAAUUGUCUGUUUUGUGUUUUGCUAUAUGAUUGUGUAAGCUAUUAUAUAAACAACGUUUGUAGGCUGUGGAAAUGGUGCAUAAGCUGCAUAGUCAGUGUUUUGUAAAAGAUCUUGCAAAAGUUGCCUUGUUUAUACUGCAAUAUUACUAGGGAUAAUUGAAGAUUUUUAAGUCACUGACUAAUGUCUAAAAUGCCUUUGAUUUGUUCUGUUGGUGCCAAUGGGUAACCAUACAGUUUUGAGAAAAUGUAUGGAUGGUGAAAAUGGUGUCUACCUAGAGGAUAGGAACACUCCAUUGUAAAGUCCCUGAGUAUAUAUUUUUCAUUAAAAAUAGUGAAGAUUUUAUGGUGUUAAAUACUCCCUAACAUAAAAUUCUAAAUAAAGGGAAGAACUAAAAUAAAUAUUAUCUAAAAUUGCGGAUAAUAUACUUGUUAUGCCCUCCCUCACAGAGACUGUUAAAAGACAAUUUCACACUUUUUUUUGGUUCUGAAAUAUCUAUUAUAAUAAUAGGAGAAUAUGCUGUGUCUGGCCGUCAAAUGAUCAGCAGAGUGUAGGUGUUCGUUUUACCUUGUUCGUUUUCUUUUGAUGUAACUGGAAAAGUUGAGAAAAUUUAAUAACGUUACAGCACAACAUAGAUAUAUUUUAGACUAAUGUCAAUAGUAUUUUCAAAGCCAUUACAUUACACUUCUAUGUUGAGGCUAAAUAACCGAAACAGAUGAAAUAACUGACAUCAUCUCCUGUUUGAGUAACUAGAAACCACCUGCAACUAAGCUGAUAAGUUCCUCAAAGUUGAAUCAACUCACUCGUUUAGGGGUUGAUAGUAUAAUCAAAAAAGCUUUAAAACCCCAAUAACUCUGUAACCCUUUAUCAAAAAAUAUGAUCCUAUACUUUUCCUUAAUCAGUAUUUCCAGCUCUAUGCAAUAAAAGCAACUGUCAAACUAAUUUCUUAAAAAAAAUUUGUGUCACAUUGGUGGGUCUUUAAAUUAAAAUGACAGAUUUUUCCAUUGUUUUUCUAAGUUAGUGGAUUUGUCUGCGGGCUUUAUCGACUAGUUUGAGUAUAGUGCAUUUUUAUUCUCAUAAUAUUGAUUAAAUGUUAUUAAGACAUUAAUCAUUCAUCUCAGAUAUGUAUACAAAACACUCAUAUACUAUGAACAAAUUUUGAAAUAUCUAUAGAUAUGAUAUUUUUCUAGAAUAUACCUAAGACAUUGGUAACCGUAAAAGAAGGAUAACCAAUUGUAGAUACCAUGGUACUCUACAUUUGUAAUCCAGAAAUUUGCUUACCUUUGAGACUGUUAGCAGUAAAAAAUGAUAAAAAAAACCAGGAAUAAUCUAAUUUUCUAAUGUUAUUAAUCUGCACCCCAAAAAAGUCAUCGUCACUGUCUAUCAACUAUGAAAGUAAUGUUUUUUAAUUCUAUUUUGGUUUCAGUUUAUUAGUAAAGACUCAUAACAUUAUCUUCUAAUUCUGCACAUAAAAAGAAUGGAAAACCUUUAAAAAUUUUCAGAUAAUCUUUUUUUCAUUGUGCUUUUCCUGGUUGAAAUCAUAUUUUAUCUAUUGUCACUUGGUCUGUGCAUUAGUCCUUUUUAUGAAAUUAAAAUAUUUGGUUUAUGCAUCAACAUAAAAUUGUUUCUUAAGCCUUUUAAGCCGCAUUCACAUCUACAUGUAAUUUUACGUAAGGGCUUACGGAAAAUUUUUCGUAAGAAAUCUCUCCUUACACGAGGUUUUGGUCACAUGUUAUGUAGACUUUCGUUUACAUAUACGUAAAUCUCUUACGUAACUCACAUAAAUUUUGUUUUAAUUUAUUAAGCAUGGCAGCGAUCAUCAAAUAUCACUUUUAUUAACUGCUCUUGUUUUAAGACGGAGAUGGUGUCAAAAAAAAGCAAAAAAACAUGUAGCAACAGAAUGACCUACCAUCUUUUAAAUGAAGUGUAUUCGCAACUGCUUUCCAGGCAUUCUUGUUAAUGUUCUCUCUGUAAAAAUCGGCAUUGCUCUUUUCGAAAAGAAAAGCCUAUAUAUUUAUAAACGACAGUCGAGAACUCUUUCUCCUUAUACAAAAACAUUUUGAAUAUACUUUGUUUUUGCUUUGAUUGAAGAUUUUAAAUUUUAGACAUUCGAAUAUAGAAUCGAAUGUUAUUGCGCAAUUUUUUCUUUUUUUUGGCUUACAUACAGUUUCUUACGAACAAAAAUUUUUGUUCAUAAGAAAAUCUACGUAAGCACUUACAAAACACUGUAAGUAUAUACAUACUUUUUGUUAAACAUGCCACAUGUACGUAAAUAUUUUCUUCAACCUAAGGGAAUGAAUAAACACUGCCCAGUCCAAAAGCCCUUAUGUAAAAAUUUACGUACAUGUGAAUGCUGUUUUAUAAAAUUUAUUUCGCAAUUACUUAGGAUCAAAGCAGCAAAAAAUAGAAAAGUAUGGAAUUUUUAAGGUAUAUUUCUCUUUCUAUUUAUAGGUUAAUAAUGGGUGAUGUACCAAACCUAUUUCAUUUGUUACGGCCAGCCUGUGUAGCAGUUGCGAAAGACCCAUCAACAAGCAACCUUAAGUAUGCAUUGGAAGCUAUAAAAAAUCAUGUAACAUGCAAAAUUAGUGACAGUGCAUUGUUGCAAUAUGUUACUUUCCCCUUUAAAUUAACUCUAGAAAAGAAAGUGUUGAGAGAGGAGCAAAAAAUUUUGUGUUGUAAAUGCUUACAGUUGGCUUAUAGCAGCUGUUCAAGUUCGGUACUGAAUAAAGAAUUGCUGUUAUGGAAUUUAAAUAUUUUUUCAUUGACUUUUUUUUCAAUUCAUGGAGAAACAAAGGAGCAAGUGCUAUCUGAGGAAAUCAAGCUGGCUGUUGUCGAGCUACUCAUAACAACAUUCUCCAAUGUUAACAUUACAGAUUUAGAACUACUUUAUGAUGAGAAUCAAUUACCUUUAGUAGGUCAUGUAAUUUCUAUUCUUUUAAAUCUUGUUGAAAACGAGAAAGAUCAGAAGCUACAACUUGCUUCACUUUGUAGUUUAAAAUUGGUUUGUGGUGAACAUGUCACAUCAGAAAAAUCUAAAAAAGUUGGACAUUUUUUGUCUUCAUUUUUACCUGGAAUAGCAAUGAUGUUCAAUAGACUUUUUACAAAGAACCAGCUGCAACAAGUUAUUAUAAAAGCAAUAAGUACUUUUUCCCAGGUUAUUUGCUUGACAUUAAAUGACAAUAUGAAUCCGUGUGACACAUCACAAAGUCUGGAAAGCAUUUUAAAUCCUUGUAAACCAGAUUGUGUUGAAUGUGAAAAUGAUGGUGGAAAUUUGGAGAAAUCUUUAAAAGUGAACGUAACAAAAGAAUGGAUACAGAAAACUGUUAAAAAUUUGGAUGUUGUUUUUGGAAAUAUCCUUCCUUUGUUGACAUGUAACAGCAAUGUAAAAGUAAGACUGGCACUACUAGAUUUUCUUGAAAGUAUGUUAACUUGCUGUAUGCAGACAUUGUCGUGUUCUGCUUCAGAAUUUCUGGAUGCUGUAGUUAAGUUGACCAGUGAUUCUUAUGAUAAUGUGAAGUGUCAAAGUGAAAAGGUUCUACAGAUGGCUACAAGAAAAUUUCAAAAUCAAGGUAGAAUUAAGCUGAAGAGUCUUUUGGAUGAAAAGUUGUAUGCUCAGUUCUUAUCGUUGCCAAGGAUAAUGAACAGUGCCAAUGAAGAUGUCAAGCUUGCGAAGUUGCAAAUCUUAAAAGGUUAUUUAAAUUUCUAUGGAGAUGUACUGGCUGAUGUUUUGAACUCUUACAAUCAUUUGAAAACCUUUUUGAAGGCUAUACUUCAGGUUUUAAAAUUGGAUCACUCUAACAUUAAUCUUGUUGAAGAAAAAACUGAUAUAAAGAAACUUGCCAUUGACGUCAGUGAAACUUCCAUCAAUCAUAAAAUAAAUAGAAAGCACUUCAAACUGUUCAAUAACAUCAAGAUCCUUACUACAAUAAAAGAUAUAAUACGUUUGCUUGCACGCCAUGGAGAUGUCUAUGUACUUUCCGAUUAUCUUUUGGAGGAGUGUCGAGUAGGUUCUAUAUACAGAGCAGAAGUAAUCUUAGUGCUUAACGAGCUUAUUCUUAGCUGCAAAGGUAACAGGGAACUGGACCUUUCAUCUAUCAGUGAGAUGCUCGUAGAAGCAUACCUGGAAGAUAACCUCUGGAAGUUACCAGUUACAAACAAACACUUAUCAUACAGAAGAAACAGUCCUGCCAAUCCCUUCCCAACACUGUCCUAUGAAGACGAUAAUGACUUGGCAAUGAAUUCUACAUAUUCUUCAAUAUCUUUUGAAACCCUUCACAACAAUAUACAAAUUAUCUGUUUGCUAUUAGAGGGGAUUGGUGUAUGUGCAGAAGUGUUGGGGACGAAUUUUAAUGUCUUGUUGAUUAAUACGUUAUACCCUGUCUUAGAGAAGAUUGGGAGCAUCAACGCGGCUGUAAGUGAGACAGCAAUGGAAACUUUAACUGAUAUUGUUACAUUUUGUAAUUACGAGAAUAUUUCAGAUUUGAUACUCAUAAAUGCAGACUAUUUGAUUAACUCAGUCACGAUGCAGUUUCGGCACUUGGUUCAUGGUUCAGCAGCACCUGCUGUUCUCUGCGUUGUUUUGCGGUUUUGUAGCAAGGACAUGAUGGUGAUCGUAGCAGAUGCAGUUGGAGAUGUAUUUAGAGUUUUAGAUGAUUACCAAGAUGAAGUAGCUGAAGAAAUGCUGAAUGUGUUAAAAUGUUUUGCGAUCGCUGUUAAUAAGUGGUAUACCAAUGACUUCGGCUCUGCUCAUAACAAUGAAUGUAUGAAAAAACCAGGAACAUUGGACUCUAAGAAAGAAAAUAUUACAAGUAUUUACAACGACAAUGUAUCAAUAAAAGAUUUCUUCGAAGAGUAUUGCAGACUGUCUUUGCUAGCUGCAGGAGAUGUGAGUGACAGUGAAGAUGAGAGUGACAAUGAAUAUCCUGGUGUUGAAGAUAAUGGUGGAGUUCAAGAAAAUGAAGAAGAAGAAAAGCCGAAGGAGACACCGCUUCAUUAUCAAGUGGUUGUUAAAUCCCUAAAGAAAUGUGUUACAUACAUUGCUGCGGUUAACGAUAGUAUCAAAUUGAAGACACUUGAUGUCAUCGUACAGGGAGUUACGGCGUUACGCCAGAGAGAAGAUGAUUUGUUACCCGCCCUUCAUGAGUUAUGGCCAGCUAUCAUUCGAAGAAUGAAGGAUACAGAUCAGGUUAUUGUGCUAAAAACUUUAGAAGCAAUUAAUGUUAUGGUCAAGUACUCUGGUGACUUUCUGCGUAAGAGAAUGACAACAGAAUUUCUUCCAUCUGCAGUUAAUUUCUUAGAUAUUAAUAGUAAGAUCUUUACGAAGGACAGAUCAAAGUUUACGCAGUUACAUCGAGUUCAGCAAAAGCUGUUGUCUUAUCUUGGUGAUAUUGUGCCCACACUUGAAGUAUCGAAAGAAGUAUUUUGCGAUGUUGCUACUGUUUGCGCGCGUUACAUCAACUGUCGUUUGCACGAAGCCAUACAAGAGGUGGCAUUGCAAACGCUGCGCAAAUUUUACUGCUACCGACCAGCUGUUAUUUGGAUCCUUCUUCAAUCACUACAAAAUACUGAAGAUCUCACACCACCACACCAUUCAUUCAAAUGUAUUAAACUGUCAAACCGUGCAUUGACGAGGAAUGAAUAUACUGAUAAUAUUGUGAAACUGACCGAUUCCACAAUACAAUAGCUGAGUUAAAAGAUUUUUCUUA